AUGGCGUCGCGUUUGCCAUUGCGUCUUCAAACGCGGACUGCAGUCGAGUCACUAUGGUGCCAUACUCCUCCAAGCUUCCUCGCUCCUAUCCUAGCCUCGUCACAUCUACAUUUCUCCACGACCAGCAGCCUUGGUUGGAACAUUCGGCAACUCAAGAAGAGGAAGCAAGUGCAUCGAGAUGAGUACACACUACGCCAAGUCAAAGCCCGCAGAGAUGCCAAUCUGAGUCGUCAAGCUGUUCUCAAAGAACAAAAGGCCAAAGAAUUAGGAGACCCAAUCCGUGGUAUCCCUACACCUUUCGUCGAAUCGUUCGAUACGGAAGUUCCUCAAGAGAUCAAGCAAGACCCGAGUGCCGUCUCUCUCGAGGCUGUAAAGGCUAAUCCAGACACGCCUCCUCCUUCGCCAGCUUACGCCUCAGAAGAGAAGCACCUAGAUCAUGGAAUUAAGCAUGAAGAGCUGGCACGGUCCCUCGAAUUCUCCCGAUACCUCACGCGACCUCUGCCACCUCCUUCUUCUACCAUUGCCGACCCUGACCAGGAAGCGCAAGCCCAUGAGAGAUGGGAAUCACGAGAUGCAUCGGCUACAGAAGCAGUACAACGCAUCGUCAGUCUCACCAAUGCUAGCAGCAAACACCGAACGAAAAAGAACACCGAACGCAUCAUCGAGACCUUCGGGCGUCACAACACAGAUCACAUACUCAAGCCCAAGGGACCCGCAGUUGUGAAACAUAAUCCACUUAUCCCACCUCAGGUACCCACACCAAGAACAGGCCCAGAUACGGGAUCUUCAGAGGUUCAAAUUGGCAUCUUGACAGCCAAGAUUCGAGUGCUGGCAGAUCGGUAUGAAGGUCCGAAUCGUAACGACAAGGUCAACAAGCGGAAUUUGAGGCUGUUGUUGCACAGGCGGCAAAAGCUGUUGGCUUACAUGGAGCGAAAGGAGAGGGGUUCGGAGCGAUGGCAAAGGAUGAUCAGUUUUCUGGGCUUGACCCCUGCGUGCUGGAAGGGCGAGAUCGCUGUGCAAUGA